AUGUUCAAAAAGAUCCAUUCUAUAUUUCAUCCCAACUCCCAGCAAAGAAACGUGACAGAUGACAUCCCUUACUGUGAUGGCGCAGGUUCUGCAGUGAGACUGAUCCGCAGCACCUCUAUGUACGCCCUUGGAGGUGAGCAUGAAAAAGUUAGUGAACCGCUAAAGAAAUGCAGAAGUACAACCAGCAUCGAUUCUUGCUUUCAGCCAAAAGAGGAAGACAGAGACUGGAUGUACUCUAAGACUCAGGACUGCCUGAAGUACCUACAGGAUCUGCUAGCCUUGAGGAAAAAAUAUCUUGAAAACAUCAAUAACUUGAAAUCCAUGCAUAUGGCUGCAGAUUCUCCAGCAUCCACAAGAUCAUCCAAAACUGGAAAAAAGUCAUUUCUUCCACUUCCUUCCAAAGAGUCUCCUAAGGCAUCCAUGGAAAGGAAAUGUCCACAGUCCAGUUCAGAUGUAAGAGAAGCAAUAGCUUUCUUUGACUCAGUCAUUGCAGACCUGGAUUCAGAGAGAUGGCGGAGAGCUCCUGAUGUGGAUCUGCCAAAUGUGGAUGUUGAUUUUGAUGUUGCUACCAGUACGAGUGAACACAGUUUGCAUUCAAACUGGAUCCUUCGUGCUCCCCGGAGAUACUCACAGGACACUGCCCAAGCAGCUAAGGCUGCAAACCAAUCUCAAAGAAACAGUCAGCGGAGGACCACUGGCUCUAGGAAAAGGUUGGAAAGGCAUCCCAUGUACUUGCCCAAAGCUGUGGAAGGGGCAUACAGCACUUUAAAAUUUAAGCCUAAAACACGCAAGAAAGAAUGUUGA